AUGUCCUUUGUUCCCCAGGAACAGCAUCAGCUUCCCACUCCCUCUGUAACCCCCAAAGCGAUGGAGCAGGAGGAGGCUUCACCGACUUCGUAUCCUAAUCACUCAACAACCUGGACACCGGUCGAUGGUAUGACUCCAGUAUCAACCAACCCGUCGAGGAAGCGCUCCCGUGACGAGACCGCAUUCGACGCCGAAGCGGACGGCUCUUAUUUCGCCUCGGUUGACACUCCGGCUCCGAUUCCCGAAGAGGAACCCGUUUAUGGCGAAGGAAUGGUCUUGCUCAAUCCGAAGACAGGCCUGUCGGUCUCGGCGGAGAGCCAGACGGGCACAUGGUACGAAGAGAAGGCGGAUGAAAAAGCGCUCAAGGAGGAGAUCACUGCGGCAUACACUCGGCCCAAGCUGCCGACUAGUCGCAAAUCGGUCAGGUUAUCUCAGACGUCGCUCCGCCUACCAAUCGACACCAACAUCGCCUCGGCGCCGGCUAGUCCGCCAAAGACUGCUUCAGAUCGACCAGAGUUUGACGAGGCGACCAUUGCGCUUGGUGUCGGAUGGACCAAGAUGGAGUCUGAAAGCGAAUCAAUGCAGGCCGCUGCUAGAGGUUGGGCGAAGUAUCUGGACAAUCACUACUCUCGGUAUAUUCACGGCGCUCAAAUUCUCCUCAAGAACGCUGGCCUCGACGCAUACCUUGUCGGCUGCCAAGAAGGCUUCUUCCUUUUCAGUGAAAGUCUUUUGGAAGGGAAGCUAGUCGGCAGAACGUGGGAAACUUGCCUUCACAAUCUGAGAUGCCAACCUAUGGUCUUUGAAGGCGACGAGGUAUUGCGAGCCGAGAGUACACCAGGCCCGGAGACUGCUCAGUCCCAGUUGUCGGAAACAGUCCAGAUGGAGAAUUGGGCUGACUAUCAUCGGCUUAACCAUGCCCAACCGGUCGCUGUCCCCAACGGAGGUAUGGACCUCGAUUGA